GGAAUGGGCAGAUAUCACCAGCCCAUAUUUCACCAUUGAUUUAUUGCACGAACUCCACGGAGAGUCUUUAUUUUUCCCGUCGUCUACACGAUGCUAUGCGGAGGUAAGGUGAUGGAAGAGGCCAGCGGGAGGUUCUCAGAGCUGAUUCCAGUGGUGCUAUUUCCGCGGCUGUCAGGCUUUGUCCCUUCCUCUGUUCAGUAACAGCGCCCGUUCUCAUCCCGAAUCACCAUGAAACCAGUCCACGAGCGCAACCAGGAGUGCCUCCCUCCCAAAAAGCGGGACCUCCCUGUUAACAACAACAGCAACAACACCACCUCCACCAACAACAGCAGUAGCAUCAGCGGCGGAGCGGGAGGCAGCGCAAUUGGGAGUGGAGGUGGAGGUGAGGAUGGCCCGUCUUCACAAAGCUCUGGAGUGAGCGGAGAAGCCCAAAGUGGUAGUGGCGAGUGGGUGCGAGCCCAGCCGAGCGUGCAUUAUGGGGUGGAGGGUGCUGAGGGUCUCAUCGGGUUACCCAUGGAUCAGUACAGCAUGCUCUAUAAAGUAGCUUUGCCCGCUGGCACCUACUCACCUGUUCUUAGCCACAUUUCUCCUGCCUACAACGUUCCUUCCUCGGUGUUACAGCAUACCGGUGUUCCCUACCCUCCGCUCGGCUACACCCAGAUCCCGCACUCCUCCUUGCAGUUUGUUAGCUCUCCGUACGCGACUGCGGUUCCCUACGGCGUGCCUACGGGAUUUGUUCCCCAGUCGCACCUAAUUCCAUACCAAUCAGUGAUUCAGGAAGGCGUAGUCUCGUCCCAUCAGCAGCAGCAGGUCUCGACCCACGCGUACGCCAAAAUGACAGCGCCUCUGGUGCUCCCGUCUGAGCAGGCGGCGACACAAGCGGCACUGGGGACCGUAGGGAUGUUACCUGCAGGGGAGCACAGCCCGAGAGGCGUGCCUGUGUUCUACCACCCCCCCGUCAGGGGCGUCCAACCUCAACGAGUCCCAGAACAGGAAAGGGAGGUGAAUGGUGGGGACCGAGACCACGGAGGCAGGGAGAGCCAUCUAGAUGCAGUUUAUUCGUCCAGAGGUGCAAGGCUGAUGCAGGAGUCCCAUCAAGACAAGAGCUUGAAAAACCGCAGGCAGGAGGGGAGAAUGUCUCCAGGACAGAGAAGCACGCCAGACACUGAUCUCGAGGUAAGGGACAGAUGCAGUAAAUGA